AUGACGCCCGGGCACGGUGGCAAGAGAAAGCGCGGCGAGCGCUCAUGGUCCAAUGAUUCCACAGGCAACGAUAGCCCGAGACCCUCGCCCCAUCGUCCUGGCUCGCUCAACAUGGCCCACCACCUUGCCAAUCCCGGCGGUGCACGAUCUAGCCCGUCGAGAGAUGAUUCCGAACCCCGCGACAACUCCCAUGGCCGUUCGUCCCGCGGAGGCGGUCGGCCAGGCUCGCGUCGUGGCUCUCACGAUAGUCAGAGUUUUUCUAGCUCGCAGUAUAUCGAGCCCGGCCCCAUGUUUCACCCCGCUGUGACUGCGUCGAAAGAAACUACCCAGACAUCGCGAUUGAAUGGCGAUUCGGCUGCGGCGCAGCCGUCUCCGUCUCCUGCUCCGGUCACUCUUGCCACGCGCCCACCCUCCGCUCCGCCUCCUCCCUACGCUUACGAAUUUGUGAUGGAUAAUAUUGUGGAGGAAUGGACAUCGACAGGCAAACAGAAGGUCGUGGAUGAAGGCAUCGCGGCCCGCGAACAGCAGGACCUGGCGCGGCUGGCAUCGGUUUACCAAGAGCUUCUCCGGUCCGCGAUAUACGGCCGUCUAUCUCCGUCGGAUGCGGGAACAGCCGUGAAGGAAAUCAUAGGUGAGGAGGAGGCAUCUCAAGAUGUUGACAUGGAAAGUGAUAAGACUGGUCUGGACCCGCGCUCGUUAUUCCUCGAUACCCUUUCCAUCAUGACAGAUGCCGACACGUCAAAUCCGGCCCUCAAGCCUCUCGUGUUUGCGACUGGAAUCUCUCCAUCUCUAAUGCGUCUUCAGCUGGAUACGCCCUUGCUACAGUCGCUGGGAUUGGUCCGCGAAACCUUCGCGCGCAUGGGAAUCCGAAAGCAAACCAAUUUGCUUUACCGACAGUCCAACUACAACUUGCUGCGCGAGGAAUCUGAAGGAUACUCUAAGCUCCUGACGGAGCUCUUCACCACCAGCAACAACGAGCCUCCAGCAAGCGAUGUGGUCGAAGAUACAUUCGAACGUGUCAAGGCUAUGAUCGGUGCAUUUGAUAUGGAUGUUGGGCGUGUUCUCGACGUGACUUUGGACGUUUUCGCUGCGGUCCUUGUCAAACAGUAUCGUUUCUUUGUCAAGCUGCUGCGGGCCAGCUCCUGGUGGCCGACGGAGGAGACAAACCGUAGUGUCGAAAGCCGUCGUGGCACAGGUCUGCCGAAUUGGGCUCUCCCCGGGUCUGGCGGCUGGGUAACGACAGAGGAAGACCGAACAGCAAUCGUGCGAUCCAACGAACAACGAGACCGAGAAUUCUGGGACCGAGUGCGUGAGGUCGGGAUUCGGGCGUUCUUCGAAAUCGGCCGCAAACCACUUUCAGAAGAUGAGUUGAAGAAGGCGCUCCCUGAAACCACCGUCCUGCCUGAGGGGGAAGACGCGACAAGAGCAUGGAUUGAGGAGACGGGGACGCUGCCACCCAAGGGCAACCGAGUCGCGGCGCAACUUCUCGGAUUCAAGCUUCGAUUCUAUUCCUCUUCUGCUCGUUCCAAAUCUGACGUUCUUCCGGACAACCUCAUCUAUCUGGCAGCCUUGCUCAUCAAAGUGGGCUUCAUUUCUCUUCGUGAUCUCUACGCCCAUCUCUGGAGACCGGAUGAUUCGAUGGACACCUUGAAAACCGAGAAGAUGCAGGAGAAGGCAGAGAGAGAACGAGCGGCUCGGCCAGGAGGUGGUAUUAACGCCUUGAUGACGGCUGGUGCCCUAUCGGACGACACUCUACCCACGCCUCGCAUGCGCGAAUCAGACUCGCGGGCAACUCCAUCGAAAGAUCAGGAACCUGAUAAAGCGGCUGCGACCAAAGCGGAGGAUGAUCUUCCAGACCCCAAGGAUCAGAAAGUGUUGCUGCUCAAAAGCCUUCUCGUCAUCGGUGCCAUCCCCGAAUCCUUGUUCGUCAUGAGCAAGUUUCCCUGGCUCUUGGACCUUUACCCUGAAAUGCCUGAUUUCAUUCAUCGCAUCCUCCAUCACUCCCUCAGCAAAGUUUACACUCCACUACGGCCCUUGUCAUCUUCAGAUGACUUCUCCCAUCAGCGACAGAUCCUGAAUCCGGACCAAAGUGGCGUGGCCAAAGGACAACUCCGCCUUACGUCUCCACCAGCAAGAAGAACUCUGCGCUGGGCCCAACUGGACAAAGAAGACGCAAACGAUGCCACCGAUUACCGCUUCUACUGGGACGAUUGGGCGGACAAUAUCCCCAUCUGCCAGUCUGUCGAUGAUGUCUUCGCUCUUUGCUCCUCUUUCCUCAAUUUGUCCGGCCACAAAAUCGGACAGGACGCAAGCCUGCUGACGAAACUUGCGCGAAUUGGCAAGCACAGCUUGGCCAAGGAUGGAUCGGACAAGAACAGGACCCGGUGGCGAGAUCUCUUGAAGCGUCUCCUGUUACCCGCUGUCAGCUUAACCAACGCAAACCCUGGUGUGGUCAACGAGGUGUUUGACCUGCUCAGCUUCUACCCUCGCGAGGUUCGGUACAAUAUGUACGCCGAGUGGUAUCAGGGACAAACUUCGCGGCUCCCGGACAUCAAAUCGGCUUUUGACCUGGCCAGAGCGGAGACAAAGGACGUCCUCAAGCGACUCAGCAAGACCAACAUCAAACCAAUGGCCCGCGCACUGGCCAAGAUCGCCUAUGCCAACCCGGGAAUCGUCAUCAAUGUCGCCAUCAGCCAGAUCGAGUCCUAUGAGAACCUGAUUGAAGUUGUUGUUGAGUGUGCCCGCUACUUCACCAACCUUGGCUACGAUAUCCUGACCUGGUCGCUCAUCAAUUCACUCGGCCAAAAGGGACGGAGUCGUGUGCAGGAAGGUGGCUUGUUGGCUAGUCGAUGGCUGAAUGCCCUGUCUACCUUUGCGGGUCGAACCUUCAAGCGGUACUCGGUGAUGGAUCCCGCGCCUGUUCUGCAGUACGUUGUGGAACAGCUGCGACAAAAUAAUUCUACCGACCUCAUUAUUUUGGAACAGAUGAUCAGCUCUAUGGCCGGUAUUAUCACCGACACCAACUUUAACGAUGCCCAGAUCCAGGCCAUGGCCGGUGGAGACAUUCUUCAAUCACAGACCAUUUUGCAGCUGCUGGACAAGCGCCACGAGUCCAAGAUUACCUCUCGGCGUCUGUUAAAGUCCCUGACCCAUACUCGGCUUGCAGGCCAGGUAUUGGUUGCAAUCGCGCAGGAGCGGUUGACCUGUGUUUACAACGAGUCAACCUCGGAACUUAAGUUGUUGGGCAACAUCUUCGACGAAAUCCAUCGUAUCCUCACCCAAUACUUGGACCUUCUUCGCAGCAACCUGUCGGUUGAGGAAUUCGAUUCCUUCGUGCCGGAUUUCUCUGCUCUCAUCAAAGACUUCGGUAUUCAGCCCGAAAUCGCCUUCUGGAUUCGACGAGUCAGUGUGUCCAAAAAAAUUACCGACAUUGAACGUUCAAAGCAGGAAGCAGAAUCUGCCAAUAAACAAGCUGUUGGUGAUGCAACCGCCGCUUCGAAGCCUGCCGAUGAGAAUAAAAUGGACACCGCCGAGGAUGGCGAAGGGCUUGCCAAGGCAGAAGAAGCAACUACGGAAAACGCCAUGGAUGUCGACAAGGAAGAAAAGGACACUACUGAUGCCACUGAGGGCAAUGAUUUCGCCCCCACUCCUCUGGUGAACGUCGAGCCACUGGCUGCAAAUCCUGUGAUGCAAGAAUUGAUGGAUAACGUCAAGUCUGUCCUACCCUCGGAGAUGUGGGACGUAGUAGGCGUGCAAUUCUACGCGACCUUCUGGCAGCUUUCUCUCUACGAUGUGCAUGUUCCUCAAAAAUCCUAUGAAGACGAGAUCGAUCGACAAAAACGCCGAGUCGUUUUGAUAAACAACGACCGGUCUGACCUCAGCUUGGCCGGCACGCAGCGGAAGGAUAGAGAAAAGCGGCAGAUCACCCAGCUGCAAGAUCGGAUCCUCGAGGAGAACAAGAGCCAUUUGAAGGCAUAUGGACAGACUCGAAACAGAUUGCAGAAGGAGAAAGACCGUUGGUUCGCUGGCAUGCGUCUGAAGCACGAUGCGCUCAAUGUCGCCUUACUGGAGCAGUGCUUCCUCCCCCGACUGCUUCUGUCUCCUCUUGAUGCGUUCUUCUGCUUCAAGAUGCUGAAGUUUCUGCAUAGUUCGGGGACUCCCAACUUCCGAACCGUCGGCUUGCUGGACCAGCUUUUCCGCGACCAGAGACUCACGGCUCUUAUCUUCUUGUGCACCUCAAAAGAAGCAGACAACCUGGGCCGAUUCCUGAACGAAAUCUUGCGUGAUCUUAGCCGAUGGCACGCCGACAAAGCCGUUUACGAAAAAGAAGCAUUCGGCGCCAAGAGGGACCUCCCCGGAUUUGCAAAGAACGUUGACCCCGAAGGAACGCCUGUCAAGUUCUUGGAGUUUGAAGAUUUCCGCCGCCUCCUCUACAAGUGGCAUCGUCUGCUCGCCAACGCACUCAAGACCUGUCUUAACGGGGGCGAGUACAUGCACAUCCGCAACGCCAUCAGCGUUCUCAAGGCCGUUGUGCAGCAUUUCCCCGCCGUCAACUGGAUCGGUCGUGACAUGCUGACCGCCGUCAAUACCCUGAGCAAGACUGAUGAACGCGACGACGUCAAGAUUCCCGCUGCUUCGCUGAUCGGUGAUCUCAACCGGCGGGAGAAGAAGUGGAUGCUUCCACAGGAGUUCAAUCUUGUCCAGGCUCUGGCCGGCGCUGGCCAAGGCAAGGCAGGUUUCGCUGCCGAUAAGCCUGGGACUUCGCGUCCACAAUCGGCCACGCCAACUCCGCUCAAUGCUGCGGCAACUGAAUUCAAGCCUCCUUCUGGAGCUCAUGGCUUCGAGGGUGCCGCACCAAAGGAUAGGAUGGAGGUGGAGGAUGGUGAGAUCGAGGAUGCGAAGAUGGCCGAUGUGCCAGCGAAGGAGACAGAGAAGGCUACGUCUACAUCUCAAAUUGAGGCUACGGUGGACUCUAGUCCCGCCGCCAUGGAUACGAGCGCCGAUGCUACUACCAGCGAACGCCCGACAAGUGCUACGGAUGAACCUCCUGUGCGACCACGUCCAGGCUCUCGCGCUGACUCCGGCCGCCAAGACUCAAAGCGCCCGGAUCUCGAGCGUUCUGCAUCCAAUGCCAACCCCCGACAACAGAACUAUCCUCCUGGUCGACCUCCGCGGCACAGCGAUGGCAGACUGCCUCCGCGUCCUGAGCUGAUGGAUGACCGCCGCGACAGACAUCCUGAUUUCGGACCUGGUCCUCGUGGUCGUCACGGCGGUGGGCCUGAUCACGGCCGCCCGUUUGAUGGCCCUAUGGGCGACCCUCGAGGCCCUAUGCGCCACAAUGACCGUGACCGCGAUUUCCUAAUGCGACCACCGCUCGAUGAGCCUAUGCAUGGGCCUGGCUAUCGCGAUGGGCGACUGCCGCGCGAUCCUGACUGGCCUGCUGGCCGCUCUGGACGUCUGCGUCCCGAUACAUUCCAUGAACCCGACCUUCCUCCUCGCGGCGAUCUGAUGCCUGAACGCCUUGAUCGAAUGGGUGACGGGCCCCGUCGUGGCCCUGGUCCUGGUCCGUCUCCACAAAGGUCCAAUCUGCCUAACCGGCCAGACCGACUUCCUCGCCAUGAGGAUUUCCCGAGAGGUCCUCGCGGUGACCGGCCUCCGCCUGAAUCAAGAGCUGUGGCGUUGGGUCUAGAAGCUCCCCGCCAGAUCCCGGAAUCUCAGCCCGAUAUCCCAUCUGGACCGCGGGGUCAAAAUGCGCGUGGAAAUGCGCGUGGGCGUAAUGUCUCUGGCCAGCAACCUCCUCCCUCCACUCCAAGCAAUGGCCCUGGGGCGCAUUCUGAACGGCCUGGUAGACAACAAGAUACUGGGAGACAGGGCGGGCGAGGUGGUUCUGAGCAAUCCUCAGCUGCACCGCCCUCUCCGACUACUGCUACCUCAGGUAUUCAUCCCGAUCGAUUAAAACAUAUUGUCCAAGAACCACCAUCGGCUCCUCCUAUGGCACCUCCUUCUGGACCUCGUGGCGGGUCUGGACCGUCAAACCAAUCCAUACCGCGUGGGCCACAGGGAUCUGGUGGUGACCGUCGUGGUGACAAGAGGUUUGCUGGAAUCAACAAUAUGCUUCAGCAGCAAUCUGGCGGACCUGUUGAUCGCACUCCCUCUGGCCCAUCGCCCCGCGGACGGGGCUCAAGGCGCGAAUCCGGAAGUAUGCACGUUCCUUCUCCGCAGUCCUCGAAUCGUCCGCCCAUGGGCGCAGGACCACCUGAAGACGACGGAUCCUCGCGUAGUCGACCAAGUGGUGGUAGCCGAGGCGGAGGUGACCUGAUCGAUGAUGCUGGCUCCGACACACGACGAUCCGGACGAAACGGUGACCGUGAACGAGACCGCAAGCGCGAUGGCGGCGACAAUACCAACACCAACGGCGGCAGCAAUCGGCGCGACGACAACCGCGAACGGCCUCGAGACCAUGAGCGUGAACGCAGCCGUCGCAGCGACGCAGGCGGUGGUGGUGCCGGCCGUGAAGACAAAGAGCGCGACCAAGACCGUCCACCCACCGAGCCACGCGAGUCUCUCCGCCGAGUUCCGAGCUCGCGCGAGGAAUUGCGCCGUCGAGACCGGCGCGAUCGCGACACUGGGUCCGCCGAUGCUGGUAAUUCACCUGCGCCCAGCGCCCACAAUCCGCAUGAACAAGAAGGCCGCCUUCGUCCUCCCUCGUCAAUGGGCGCGCCGCGUCCCCCGCCACCACCGCCGCCUCCAGGCGGCCCCCUCCGCCUGACGAAAAUGACCGUCGCCGAAACGCAGGAGGGGACCGGGGUGGCCGAUCCGACAACCGCGAUCGUGAGCGCGAGCGCCGAAGCGAUCGCCGGGAGCGGGAUCAUCGCGAUGGUGCCAACGGGCCCGGACAUCGCAAGCGUGGGCGCCCUGGCGCUGAAGAAGGCGGUCUUGGCGCUGGUGAUGGUGGUCGGGGUAUGA